CGGGAAGCGUUGCUCUGGAGGUACCUGAGUCAUCCGCAUGUCUUGCCCUUCUAUGGUGUCGAUGGGCGGACCUUUCCAGAGGCGAUUGCUCUCGUAUCGCCAUGGAUGCCCAACGGCAAUAUUAUAGAAUACCUUAAUCGCCAGGAACCUUCCAGCACUCUCAUCGAAAAUCUGCUGCGGCAAAUCAUCGCAGGCCUAGUAUACCUCCAUGAUUCCGUUGACGUUGUCCAUGGUGACCUGCGUGGGCCCAAUAUCCUGAUCGACUCCGAUGGUCGUGCCCGCCUAGGAGACUUCGGUCUCGCCCUCCUGGCAGUAGAGACCAACACCAGAAAUUCUUUUCCUUCCGGCACUGCAAGAUACAUGGCCCCGGAAUUGCAUGCUCCGGAGAAGUUUGGUCUGCCGCACUGUCGACCCACGAAACCUACGGAUAUCUACGCCCUGGCUUUUCUUGUUUUGGAGCUCUACACCUUACGGCCGCCGUUCGCAGACAUGAAGGAUACUGCGGUUGCCCUGCGCGUCAUAGACGCCGACAGGCCUGCACGACCUACGAGGGAGGAUUGCAGGGGGGUGGAGAUCCCCGAAGCGCUGUGGACGACCGUUCAGGUCUGCUGGGAGCAAGACUUCUCCCGACGGCCGACCAUAGCUCAG